UGACAAAAGGAAAAAAAACCCGGUUCACACACACGCCCGAACAACUUGAAUUUUCUUCCUGCAAAUGCAAAGAUCUGGACGAUGAUGAUGAUGUUUCACUGAAUCCCGAAAGCAAAGCCAAUCAGAAGUCCGCCCAUACCGUCUGUCGAUUCCCCAGCCAAACCCUAGAUCUGAUAUCAGUUGAUUUGAUCAGCCGUUGGCGGGGACGUCCUUAAUCUGAAUCUGGAUCCACUGGAUCGGAAAGAUGCCGGUGGCUGCUUCCGCUGUAUACUUCUUGAAUCUCCGUGGCGAUGUCCUCAUCAAUCGCCUCUACCGCGACGAUGUUGGGGGAAAUAUGGUGGAUGCCUUCCGGACGCAUAUAAUGCAGACAAAAGAACUAGGUACCUGUCCCGUGCGGCAGAUUGGAGGUUGCUCUUUCUUCUACAUGAGAAUAAGCAAUGUCUACAUUGUGAUUGUUGUUAGCAGCAAUGCCAAUGUAGCUUGUGCAUUCAAGUUCGUUGUUGAGGCCGUUGCACUGUUCAAAUCUUAUUUUGGUGGGGCGUUUGAUGAAGAUGCUAUUCGGAAUAAUUUUGUUUUGAUCUAUGAGCUGUUGGAUGAGAUCAUGGACUUUGGUUAUCCUCAAAAUCUUUCUCCGGAAAUUUUAAAGCUUUACAUUACUCAGGAAGGUGUCCGGUCACCAUUCUCAUCCAAGCCUGCAGACAAACCAGUCCCAAAUGCAACAUUACAAGUUACAGGUGCUGUUGGUUGGCGCAGAGAGGGCCUUGUUUAUAAAAAGAAUGAGGUGUUUCUUGAUAUUGUGGAAAGUGUUAAUCUUCUUAUGUCUUCAAAAGGCAGUGUUCUGCGUUGUGAUGUAACGGGGAAAAUUCUUAUGAAGUGCUUCCUUUCUGGAAUGCCGGAUUUGAAGUUGGGAUUAAAUGAUAAAAUUGGCCUUGAGAAGGAGUCACAAGCUAAAGCACGUCCCACGAAGAGUGGGAAAACUAUUGAGCUCGACGAUGUUACAUUCCAUCAAUGUGUAAAUUUGACAAGGUUUAACUCAGAAAAGACUGUUAGUUUUGUGCCACCAGAUGGUGAAUUUGAAUUGAUGAAGUAUCGUAUUACCGAGGGUGUAAAUCUUCCAUUCCGGGUAUUGCCAACUAUUAAGGAACUGGGUCGGACGCGCAUGGAAGUAAAUGUUAAGGUAAAAAGCGUAUUUGGUGCUAAAAUGUUUGCGCUUGGAGUUGUGGUUAAGAUUCCUGUACCAAAACAAACGGCAAAAACAAGUUUCCAAGUGACGUCAGGUCGAGCAAAGUACAAUGCAGCUAUUGAUUGCUUGGUUUGGAAGAUAAGAAAAUUUCCUGGACAAACUGAGCCAACCUUGAGUGCGGAAAUAGAGUUGAUUUCCACGAUGGCAGAAAAGAAGUCUUGGACUAGACCACCAAUUCAGAUGGAAUUCCAGGUUCCUAUGUUUACAGCAUCUGGAUUACGUGUCCGUUUUCUUAAGGUAUGGGAGAAGAGUGGGUACAACACUGUUGAGUGGGUUCGUUAUAUUACCAAAGCUGGUUCUUAUGAGAUUAGGUGUUAGAGACAUACGAAUGCUGCUCUGAAUUUUUUUUCGAGGACUUGUCGUUUUAAUGGUGUAACAUUUUGAAGCUAUUGUGCCGGGGUUAAAAGAAAUUAUUGCAUAAAUUACCCUGAUACGGUAUGGAGAUCUCCUGGAAAAGGAUGCAGGUUCUUAUAUUCUUUGAGGCAUUUCUUGUUUCCUUCCCAGUUCCGUCGAUGAUAACACAUGGCGAGAAAUUUGGUUUCGUCAAUUUGUGCUGUAAAGGCUAAUCCUUCAUCAGGACUGGAAGAGUAUGAGUUUUCUUUUCUGAUGCUUUGUGUGUGUGUGUUUUCCUUUUCUCUGUCCUAGUUUUCUUGUCAUAAAUAUUGUACUUGUUUUGAACAUGAAAGAGGAAUUGAGAGAGUUUUACUGGUGAUGUCGAAAGUAAAAUUGUAAAGAGACUUGCAAUUUGAUAAUUUGAUUAUCACAUCAUUAUUCUUUUGUU